AUUUGCUUCCUGUCCCUGACGAGUCCCUGAGUGGGGCGGAGGACGACCCUGAUGUGACUUGCGCUGGAUGGGGGGUUGUGAUUUUCAUACAAAAACCACAAGCAUCUGCCACCGGCCCGCACCCCCCAACCCGAUCCACCAUGCCUCGCAAGCGCAAAGCCCAGUCGUCCGUUUCCGCCGAACCCACCAGCUCCAAGCGAGCCAAGGCCAAUCCCACAGCUCCUGCCGCAGAGCCGCCCAAACCCACCGGCCCAGUGGUGACAUGGUCGCCCACGCCCAUGCCUGAGUUACCUGUCGAGAUCAUCCAGCUCAUCUCGGACUUCAUGCCUGCUGCCGCUGCUGCAAGAUUCGCCAAGACCAGUCGCUACCACCAUGCCGCCGUCAACGACGUCCACUACUGGGCCGUGCGUCUCCACAAGCAUCCAUCCAAGCCUGCCUUCACCGAGGAGCUGAAGACCUGCAAGAGCAUCAUGGCCUGGAUCCACUGCCUCGAUACCACUCUGUGUGUGGGGUGUCGUCGCAUCAGGAUUCCCAGAAACAGCUACCCUUGUAUUCCCUACCCCAUUUGCUACAACUGCACCUUUGACCACGAUUCUUGCAUUUAUGGGUUGGUCUCGGUCAGUACCAUGUACAAGCUCUACAAGAUCAAGCCCGGAGACAUGCCAACGGGAUCGAUCUGCAUCAGCAAGAAGUGCAGAUUCACCUUUGGCACCUAUUACUUGCGCCCUCAGGUCAUGGCCCGCGUCGCCGAGCUGCAUGGGAGCUGGACCGCCUUCAAGGAGCGAGCCGUGGUCAAGAGAUGCCAGAAGGGCCAGCAUAUCCUCGAGCGCAAGCAAAAGAUCGCAGCCCUCCCCAAGAAGACGUACGAGUUCUCCAAGGACAUGGUCGCCGCAUUCCUCGCCAACGGCAGGGGCUGGCGUGAGCUCAAGAAGCGACUCGAGCGCGACUAUGAUUUCCUGGAGACGAUGAAGUCGCGCAGCUACCCGUACACACCAGCCGAAUAUGCCCGCUAUCGAGACGAGCACAUCAAGACGCCCGAGGAGCUGCUUGUGUGGAUCGAUCGCCACGCAGCAGGCAAAGAUGCCUUCAAGGACAGCAUUGUGGCGAUAUUCCCGGCCAUCGCUGAGCGAGUCGAGCAGGCAGUCGCUGCACUCCCCGAGCUCCAGCGAGACCAUCGAGUAUCGUGGCUCAAUGAUAUCAUCGUCCCGCUCAUGGGCGUGAGUGUCCAGGACAUUCGCAGCAAGUCAGAAUACGACGACUUUGCCACGAGCAGCUACCAGGUCACUCCGGCAUCCGCUGGCCAAGAAAGCAAAUUCAGGUGGUUCGCUAGGAACCUGGUCAGAUACCUUUACGAACGCCAUCUCUGGAACGUCGCGGAGCACGACUUGUUGACGAAGCAGCAGGACCCAUCCGAAUUCGCCAGUCUCCUGACGAUCAGCGAUCUCAAGACGAUGCUGCUGGAGCAUGGACUUCGCCAUCGCGGCAUGAGCCGACGAUCAGACAGUGGUGAUCUCGACAUGGAGUGCGCAUGUGCCACUCUCGGUUACCAUCGAACACCACUUCAUUCCCACCAGCCACCCACACACUCACACCAUCCCUCUUCAUCACUCUGGUGUUUGUGGAUAUGCAAAUGACUCGGAAGAGACUCGGAAGAGACGUAUCGAGUGGUCGGAAGAGACUCGGAAGAGGAAUUUUUCAUGGAGUGUGAUAAUAUUAUCAUCUCAACACUGAAAACAUGGAGAGAAUACCACCGCGGAACUCACUCGGAAGUGAUUUGGAAGUGAAUAUGGAGUGAGAAGCUCUUUUGGGGGCCGGUUGGGGGCAUUGGAGAAGAAAAAACAAAAAUUUUCAAGAAAAAAAAGAUAUUCCUGGCCGGGAAGGAUUUGGGGCCCACGCUCGCAUUCAUGGAGUGGACUCGGAAGAGACUCGGAAGUGAAGCUCGCUCGAUAAACAUGGUGUGGGGCUGAAAACUCGUAAGAGACUCGGAAGUGAAACGUCGUCGCUUGUGAGCGGGUUGGAAGAGGAUUGGAAGAAGGUGUGUGCACUCCAUUCACUGCAUGCAUGCCUCGCGAAUGAGCCUCUCGUAGCGAGA